GAGGCCUGGGCGGCGCGGCCAGGGGAUGGUGGGCCCCUGGGCUUCUGCAGCGGAGAGGGCACCCCCAGAACAGCCGUGCCUCCGGGCUGCCCCAGCGAGGCGCUUGACAGCGAGCCCUGGGGAAGUUGGGCAGCUGUGAGUUUGCCUGUCGCCGUUAAGUGCCCUUAGGAUGCAGUGAUUAAGGAAUUAGGCUCUCCCUCCGGGAGGGGCACUGCCUGCGCUUGAGAACUCGGUGCAGAGAAAAAGGACAGAAUGAUGCUGUCCGAGCAAGCCCAAAAGUGGUUUCCUACCCACGUGCAGGUCACCGUGCUCCAAGCCAAAGAUCUUAAGCCAAAAGGCAAAAGUGGCACCAAUGACACAUACACUAUAAUUCAGUUGGGCAAGGAAAAGUACUCCACCUCUGUAGCUGAGAAAACCCUUGAGCCAGUCUGGAAGGAAGAGGCCUCUUUUGAGCUACCUGGAUUGCUAAUGCAGGGGAAUCCAGAGAAAUACAUUCUUUUCCUCAUAGUUAUGCACAGGUCCCUGGUGGGUCUGGAUAAGUUUUUAGGGCAGGUGGCAAUCAAUCUCAAUGACAUCUUUGAGGACAAACAAAGAAGGAAAACAGAGUGGUUUAGAUUAGAAUCCAAACAAGGAAAAAGAGCCAAAAACAGGGGUGAGAUAAAGGUCAAUAUUCAAUUCAUGAGGAACAAUAUGACAGCAAGUAUGUUUGACUUAUCAAUGAAGGACAAAACAAGAUCUCCUUUUGCAAAAUUAAAAGAUAAGAUGAAAGGUAGAAAAAAUGAUGGGACAUUUUCUGAUACGUCUUCUGCAAUCAUUCCAAGUUCUCACAUACCCGAUGCCAAUACUGAAUUUUCAAGUGGUGAAAUACAGAUGAAAUCCAAACCAAAAAAGCCUUUCCUCUUGGGUCCUCAGCGACUCUCUUCAGCACAUUCAAUGUCUGACUUAACUGGGACCCACAUAUCUUCUGAGAAACUGAAGUCUGGCACCAUUGGUCAAACGCAUCUUCUUGGACGGCAGAUAGAUUCCUUUGGAGCGGUUCCGGAGAGCGGAAGUCUCAAAUCUCCACACAGAAGAACAUUAAGCUUUGAUACUUCUAAAAUGAACCAACCUGACAGCAGUGUGGAUGAAGGUGAAUCGUCUUUCGGAAGACAAAAUGACCCAUUUACAAAUGUGACUGCUUCAUUACCCCAAAAAUUUGCAACACUGCCAAGGAAGAAAAAUCCAUUUGAAGAAAGCAGUGAAUCAUGGGACAGCAGCAUGAAUUUAUUUUCAAAAUCAGUUGAAGUAAGAAAAGAAAAUAAAAGAGAGAAAAGGGAGAAAGUUAGCCUGUUUGAAAGAGUGACUGGAAAAAAAGAUAGCCGAAGAUCUGAUAAACUUAACAAUGGGGGAUCUGAUAGCCCUUGUGACUUGAAAUCACCUAAUGCAUUUAGUGAAAAUCGUCAGGACUAUUUUGAUUAUGAGUCAACUAAUCCGUUUACAACAAAAUUCAGGGCUUCAAAUGUAAUGCCAUCUUCAAGUUUUCAUAUGAAUCCGACAAGUAAUGAGGACCUCAGGAAAAUCCCGGACAGCAACCCUUUUGAUGCCACUGCAGGGUAUCGUGGUCUGACCUACGAGGAGGUCCUCCAGGAGCUGGUGAAGCACAAAGAGCUCCUGAGGAGGAAAGAUACCCACAUCCGGGAACUCGAGGACUACAUCGACAACCUCCUUGUGAGGGUCAUGGAGGAGACACCCAGUAUCCUCAGAGUGCCGUACGAACCGUCCAGGAAGGCUGGCAAAUUUGCCAACAGUUAAUAAGCCAGUUGUGCCGCAUUUAUGAUUAAGGGCAAAAAGGAAAGAAGAAAGAGAAAAAGAAUGAAGAAAAUCUUGGUACUGCAAGAAACUGCAUUAUCAGGCGUCAUUAUAUACUGUUUCCUUGCGAAAAAUUAUUUUACCUGUAAAUAUUAACAGGGACCAUCAAGAGUGACCUUUGAAGUGAGCUCAAUAAUUGAAACAUUUCAAGUGAAAAUGGGCCAGAUUCUGAAUGAAUAAGCAGUUCCUUAGGAUUCACUUAGGUGCUGGUGCUGGCCUACUAACCUGCCACAGGCCUAGGGAUAGCUGUGAAGUACAUGACGUACUGUUCCUCAGGAAUGGAUCUCAUAAAGCAGAAUCGAUGCUCUGGCUGGUUUCUCAGAAGUCAAUUUGUAGACAUACUUAGCUGCAGGAAUACUGUUCAUUAUAAACACUAAAAAAAGUUCAUAUUUUAUAUGCAUAUAUAUGUACAUGAAUAUAUGUUCAUGUAUCUUUGUAUAUAAAAUACAUGCAUAUACCUCAUAUAUACAUGUGUUUCUAGAACAUUUAAAAACAACUGAUUGCCUCUAAAAUUAGGAUACCAAUUUCUUAAUUUGAAAAUCUAUGUGUGCUCUGUCGAUGCAAAACAAAUCAUCAUUGCUACCAGUACAGUUAGAGGGAAGCUGCUUCAGAUCACUCUUGACUUUGCGAAUCUUGGUUUCACAAUGAGCUGCUCCUAUAUAUUAUUCCAGCAUCAGAUGUUUGCUCUUUUUCUAAA